AUGAAAAUCCUGCUUCUGCUGCCAUUUGUAUCCAUGCAGGCGAUCAAUCUGGUUCUGCUGUAUGAAAAGCCAGGGAUAAAGGAAGCCAGAGAUAUGUAUCGGUAUGUUGUGGAGCGAAUGCUUGACAAAUUCAAUGCCCACUUCCACCAGUAUGGAACAAAAAUCAAUCUUUUGGACUUCAUGGCAUAUGACGACUACCUGACGAAGCCAGAGUACCAAAGCAUAUCGAUCACUGGCGGAGACGAAAGCCUGGAUACAAGAAUAGAGGCAUUGAAAGACAUACCUGCUAAUGUGAUUCUUGUUGCAUCUGCAAGUCCCGACGAGGAGCAUGAGAAGUAUGUGUCCGAGUCUCCGUGCACAAGCAGGUUUGUUAGCAACAUGGUUUCGAGUGAUGUUCUUGAGGACGAGAUGUUUACAAAGAUUGUGUAUGCAACACUUUCUUGGAUGCGCAGCUUUUUUGGCAUGGAUGUCCCCAAUCCAAUCAAAGAGAAGAAUCCGGAUGUUUUUGAUAAGUUUGCACGAGAUGUGAAUACAAAUGAAUUUAUGAAGAUGCUUAAGCAAUGCUCCAGAGAUGCAAGCGAAAGGUUUGAAGUGUUUUCCAGGGCGCUGAAUUGGAAUAGCCAGAAGGGAUUUGCAAUAGAUGUGGAGGCAAUUGAUGCAGCAAAGGAGAAGGGAAUUGAGAUAUCGAGUCCGCUGAAGUUGGAGUCGAAGCCAGAAGGAAAGCAGCAAAGCCUGAGUUCCAAAGGGAUAUCUGUGAUCGGAGGAGGCAUUGGAGGGCAAAAUAACGUUGAGCCGUUUGCGAACGAAGAAGAACAAUAUUAUAGAGAAGACUCUGUGCAUAAUCUGAACAGAGCAGCAGAUUGGAACUUGGAUAUGAAUGUGAAUGGCAUGAUAGAUGGCAAACAGCUGGUUUGGAUAUCAAAAGGAGGAGUAGAUUCUGAUAUGGGUAGCGAGAUUAGCGUGAGCAACUCUCCAGGAGGUGUGCAUGCAAACAGGCUAUUAGAAAAGCCUGAAAGAGUUUUUCAUAGAGUUGAUGCAAAAGGCCAGGAAAUUGAAAGCGAAGAGGCAUUGAUAGACGAGAAGAUCCGGAAUGAAUUACAAAGAAUCAUGCAGCAGGAGGCUGAUAAGACAAACAGGCAAAAACCUGAUGUGGUAGUUAUUCCGAAAAAAACAACACAUGUUAUCAAAACAGAGGAAGGGCCAUCAGCAAGACUGUUUUUUGCAAGACGGGCAGUUCCUCUGAGGGAUGGCUUGAGUGCAGGAAGAAGAAGCACUGAUCAGGGAAGAAUCGCAUAUAGAAGGCCAAAACCCUGA